AUCAAUAAGUUAUUUUCAGAAAAAAAGAAUGGUAUCUCCUUAAUUGUUAAUUGAAUUGAAUACAUAAAGGAUGAGGGUUGUAUUCCUUACCCUUUGUAUUUGUGAAACUUGGCUACUGAGUUCUGGAGGCAAAUUUAAUCAAUAUGAUCGAACUAAAUUACACAAAUACAGGGAAGAGGUACGGUCGAUGUUUACGCAUGCGUACGAUAGUUAUUUGAUUCAUGCGUAUCCUUACGACGAGCUCAGACCUUUAAGCUGUGAUGGAGUAGAUACGUGGGGGAGCUACUCUUUAACCCUCAUUGACGCUUUAGAUACCCUUGCCGUGAUGGGAAACUUUACAGAGUUUGCUCGAGUUUAUAAUCUAGUUUCACAACGGGAAAACUUUGAUGCGAACAUUAACGUUUCUGUGUUUGAAACCAACAUCAGGAUUGUUGGUGGUCUACUUUCUGCUCAUUUAAUGGCCAAGAGAGCAGGAGUGUAUCUGGAGGAGGGGUGGCCUUGUUCUGGUCCCUUGCUUAGAUUAGCCGAGGAUGCAGCUGAUCGGUUACUUCCCGCAUUUGAUACACCAACUGGAAUGCCGUACGGUACAGUUAACCUUAGAACUGGGGUUCCUGAAGGAGAAACACCAAUAACAUGUACUGCAGGGGUCGGGACAUACAUUGUAGAAUUUGGUACACUCUCUCGACUUACAGGAAAUCCUAUUUAUGAAGAUACUGCACUGCGUGCGCUACGUGCUCUGUGGUAUAGUAGAAGUAAUAUUGGUUUGCUUGGAAACCAUAUAGAUGUGUUGACCGGUAAAUGGACUGCAGUAGAGGCGGGGAUAGGGGCUGGUGUUGAUUCGUAUUUUGAAUAUCUGGUGAAAGCAUCGUCUCUGCUCAACCGUCCAGAGCUCCUGAUCAUGUUUAAUCAGGGUAGAGAGGCAGUUGAUCAAUAUCUCAGGAAGGAUGACUGGUACUUCUGGGUGAAUAUGAAGAAUGGGCAGGUUACUCUACCCUUGUUCCAGAACCUUGAAGCAUUCUGGCCUGGUAUGCUCAGUUUGGUUGGUGAUCUUGAACCAGCACUGAAAUCUCUUCACAAUUAUCACCAGGUUUGGAAGCAGUAUGGGUUUACUCCUGAGUUCUAUAACGUAGCACAGGGUGGAGUUUCAGCAAACCGUGAAGGAUAUCCACUCCGACCUGAGCUCAUAGAGAGUAUCAUGUAUCUUUACAGGGCGACUGGAGAUCCUUGGCUAGUGGAUGCAGGAGUGGAUAUUCUUAAGAGUAUUCAGUAUUCAGCAUACACUCCCUGUGGAUAUGCGACUGUAAAGAAUGUUCGAACUCACACGCUAGAGAAUCGUAUGGAAAGCUUCUUCCUUGCUGAGACGGUGAAAUACCUUUACCUACUCUUUGAUCCGGACAACUUCAUUCAUAACUCAGGUACUACUGCAACAGUGCAUGAGACUCCGCAUGGGAAAUGUAUACUUGAUGCUGGAGGAUACGUUUUCAAUUCAGAAGCUCAUCCCAUGGACCCAGCCGCACUUGCUUGCUGUUCCGCCUUUUCUGAGACAGAAAUGAAAAAUGAAAUAUCCGGACACUUAGUGGAUAUAUUAGAUCCGGCUAGUAUCCGGUCCUUCAGGGGAGAUCUGGUUCCUCAGAGGAUAAAGGAAAUAGAGAGGAGAAGGAAGGAAAAUCUUCAGGAGAAGGAGAAAAGAAAUCGUCUCAUCAGGGAGGAACUUGAGAAGAUAAGAAGCAAAGCGCAAAAGGAUGCAGCUGCAUUAAAGAAGCAGCAAGACGAACAGCAAGACGAAAAGCAAGAUGAUCUAAAAGAACAGCAAGACGAACUAGACGAAAAGGAAGUCGACCUAAACGAACAGCAAGGCUCAGAUUCACCUGAGGAAUUAGAACUGGAAGAACUAGAGAUUAAAGAAGAGAUAGUUGACAGUAAACAGAAGGAAGAACAAGUUACAGAUACUGAACCUUCCGUUGAAAUAGUUGACAAUGAGAUCGCUGGAGAGAUCAUUAAAAUUAAAGAUCAAACCGUUAAAACUGAAGAAAUUAACUUCGAAGAAGAUCCACAAUUUUCCGAAACCAAAGAAUCUGAUACUAAGGACCUAGAUGAAUCUGGAAAGGUUGUGAAGAAUAUGAUUCAGAAACUCUCAAGUGGAGAGUUUCUUCAAAGUCAAGGAAUAGUACAGCCUGAACAGAUGCCUAGUUUAUCUAUUGGUCCAGCAAAUCAGUUAGUAGAGGCCAUUAACAGCCUCGUAGAGAGGUUUCUACCUACCCGCUCCAGGGAGUUCGAUCUUAUCAAGUUUUCAGAUAAAAUCAAGAAUGAGAAUCAGUAUCGAUAA